AUGUCAACGAAAGCUGAUAGCUUAGUAAGCGAACUAAGCGACAUGGAUUUAGAUCUGGAGUUAACGCCGCUGGGAAAUGAUGAUAUUAGCGUUCAUGUAAAUAGACGGUUCAAAAAACAAACAGACAAAGGACGGGCAUAUCAAAUCGAGAGGAAGAAAGAACAUUGUAAAUCCAUACAGAAGCGUAUAACCAAAAUAAUGAAGACGAUAGAAAGCUCCAUAACCGAUUGGGACAACGUACACGAAGUUCAAAACGAUUUAGAAGUGUUCAGUCAACAACUGGUUGAAUUUCAAGCAGCUUAUGAAGCGUGGCGUGAUUUAUUAUCGGGACAACAGCUCGUUCCGGUGACUGAUUGGUAUGACGAACAUUUUCGAAUAAUGAAUAAUUGUAAAGUCAAAAUAGUCGAUUGGAUUGCCGUGGCUAAAUACAAAAUAGAAGAACAAAUGGAUGACAAGUCAAGCGCCUUGAAAUCCUCAAUCGAGUCUCGUCGAUCGGCCGGUUCAAGACAUUCGAGUACGUCGGGCAGAGCUAGAGAAAGGGCAAAGGUCGCCGAGUUAAGAGCAAAAGCCGCGUUGUUAGAGAAAAAACAAGCACUUGAGAAUGAGUCGGAAAAAUUACGAUUACAAGAAGAACUUGCUAUUGCUCAAGCUCGAGAACAAGCCUUUAUUCAAAACGACAUUGAGUUGAAGCGGGAAGCUACAAUCGAUGGGAUGAAUGAAUAUCUAGGGGAUACUCGUCCGAUGCCGAAAGAGAACUUAUUACACGAUCAAUUAACGAAGAAUAUACCCACUCCGCAGUUUUCUUCAACGAACAUUCCCCAACCAACUCCUGUCUCCGCGUUUCAUUCAAGAAGAGCCCAUCAAACUCCAGUUAGAUUGCCACAAUACUCGUCACAUGAGUGGAAACCACCACCAAGUGAAUACAGAAACAGAGUUACUUUGGAUAACGACCCCUUAAUAUACUUACUGGAAAAACAGAAUCGACUGACGGAAAUGCUCUCUGAACAACAUCAACAGAAUUUCUUGCCCUCACUUUCCCUGUCCAGUUUCAAAGGCGAUCCAACAGAGUAUCACCUUUUUAUACGUACAUUCGGGAUGCGAGUUGAAAGAAACGUCAAAUCAAGUGGAGCCCGCAUGCAAUAUCUACAACAAUAUCUGGAUGGAGAACCUAAAGACCUUAUAAAAGGAUGUCAUUAUAUGGAACCUGAUGCAGGCUACGUUGAAGCCAUGAAGUUAUUGAAUGAGAAAUAUGGGGAUCCAUAUAAGGUGUCAAACGCAUACCUGAAGAAAGUGAACGAUUGGCCCACCUUAAGACCAGGAGACGACAACGCCUUGGAAAAAUUGGCGAUCUUUUUGACACAAUGCCUGAGUGCCAUGGAAUCUUUAUCAUAUCUCGUGACUUUGGACCACCCUAAUAACUUGCAAUGUUUGGUGAAGAAACUUCCCUUUUAUCAACAAGAACGUUGGCGUAGAGAAGUAACGAAGCUUAGAGAAAAAAGCAAAAACCCUGCUUUUAAACACUUUGUCAAUUUUGUCAAAACAGAAGCAAAGAUAGCGACCGAUCCGAUCUUCUCAAGACAAGCACUAGACAAAAUUGGUCAAGAUGACAAGAGUAAAUUCAAGAGAGGAUCGACUUCGAAGUUCACAAGUAACGCAACAAUGAUGAAAGAAGAAUCGCCCAAUUCAUGCAUCGCUUGCAACGGUUUUCACGACUUGGACGAGUGUAAGGUGUACUUGAAGAAAUCGUUAUCAGAAAGAAGGGCUUUGAUAGCUAAAAGAGGAUUGUGUUGCGCUUGUUACGGUUCUGGACAUAGAUCCCGUGGAUGUAUCCAGAGACGUUCUUGUAAAACUUGUUCAGGCCGUCAUCCCACAGGAUUGCAUGAUGAGAACUUUCGCAUGAAGAACAAGAAUUCCGACGAACCAUCAAAGGAUAUUGACAGAACUGAGGAUGGUAACUCUGACAAUCAGCGAAAAAGCUGCUCUUAUGCUGCCGCUCAUGAGGUUGUUUGUGAUUCUAGCAACGUGAAAUUCUCUAUUGAAUCAAUGCCUAUAGUUCCAGUUAGACUACGAAGUAACGACAAAGAAAUUAUUACCUACGCCAUGCUGGAUUCUUGUAGUACCGGUACUUUCAUUUCAGAAGAUGCAGUUAAACGACUCGAAGUAAAUGGAACGGACACUAAAGUGAUGAUUCGAACUAUGAAUGGUCCAAAAAUGCAUGAUACCAAGGUAGUGAAUGGUCUCAUAGUUUCUGACUUAGAUGGUGCCAAUUCAAUCACCCUCCCAAAGGUUUUCUCCCGUGAUGAAAUCCCUGGACGCAAGAGUGAAAUACCACGUCAAGAAUUGUGUCGUAAAUGGAAACACCUGGAGCGUGUCGUCGAGCAAGUUCACCCGUAUAUGGAAAACGUUAAGAUUGGUCUUCUCAUAGGAACAAACUGUCCACAGGCUAUUGAACCCAGAGAUUUUGUCGCCAGCAAUAAUGGAGGCCCCUUUGCAGUUCUAACUUUUGCGGGUUGGACUAUAGUUGGACCACUUUAUCUGUCUGACAACGAGAACGAAGUCGACUGCCACAGAAUAGUUGUUCAAGAGAUAGGAUCAGACAAGCCCUCCGAACAUCAUUUCAUGGUUGAAGAUUCCGUCAAAGAGUUGGUGACGCCUGAAUCAUUGAACAAAAUGUUCGAACUCGAGUUCAACGAAAGACAUUGCCAAAAGGAACAGUAUUCCCAAGAAGACAAGAGAUUCAUGGAAAAGAUUCAGCGAGAUACAGAGUAUGUGAAUGGCCAUUACGUAAUUCCACUUCCCUUCCGUGAUGAUGAUGUACAUAUGCCUUCGAAUAAAGAACAAGUUAUCCUAAGAGCUAA